ACCCACAGUCAUCACACACCCACACAGAGGUCUGCGCCGUCGCGGGUCGGCCACCUCAUCCAUCCGUCACCCCGGACCGGAAUCCGGGCAAACCAACCCCCUUCGCAAAGAGCCCUCGCCUCUGCCCGCCGUCCUCUCCCGCAGCCGUGGGCAGGGCAUCCCAAUUGCUCACCGUUCGUGAGCUCCAGCUCUCUCCGACUCUACCCCCUGACCGGGCUGCGUUUUGCUCAGCGUUGAACUCACAGACAGCAGGAGUUUCAGUAUGCAGCAGAUGGCGCUGUCUGCGUUGGUCGCGAACCCCUCCUCAUCCUAUAGCAGUACCGUAUCGGGGCUGACUGCCCUAUGGUCUCAGAGAUGGCAUGGGAGACGCGUGCGAAGCCAAGUUCGGGCGCAGGCGGAAGCAGGGAUGAAGUACAAUAAGCUGGGAGAUUCAGAUCUUCUUGUCAGCGAGAUUACUCUUGGAACAAUGACUUUUGGAGAGCAAAACACAGAGAAGGAAGCGCACGAGAUGCUUUCUUAUUCUAUUGAUCAGGGCAUCAAUAUCAUUGACACUGCUGAAAUGUACCCAGUUCCAACCAGCAAGGAUACUCAAGGGAGGACCGAUUUAUAUAUUGGCAGUUGGAUGCAAUCCAAACCACGAGACAAGAUAAUUCUAGCCACCAAAGUUUCUGGUUAUUCAGAGCGAUCUUCAUAUCUUCGGGAAAAUACAGAAGUGCUGCGUGUCGAUGCCGCCAAUAUCAAGGAAAGUGUUGAAAAGAGCCUUAAACGCUUAUCUACAGACUACAUCGAUUUGCUUCAGAUACACUGGCCCGAUAGAUAUGUGCCAAUAUUCGGUGGAUUCAGCUAUGAUUCAACCAAAUGGAGGCCAAGUGUUCCGUUUGAGGACCAAUUGAAAGCUUUCCAGGAACUAAUUGAUGAAGGGAAGGUACGCUAUAUCGGUGUUUCCAAUGAAACCUCAUACGGAGUAAUGGAGUUUGUACAUGCUGCGAAACUUCUAGGACUUCCAAAGAUUGUGAGCAUCCAGAACAGUUAUAGUCUAAUUGUGAGAUGCCGCUUCGAAGUUGAUCUUGUCGAAGUCUGCCACCCAAAUAACUGCAAUGUUGGGCUGCUUGCCUACUCUCCAUUGGCUGGCGGUGUUCUCAGUGGAAAGUAUCUGGAUGGAAACUCUGGUGAUGCAAAGAGGAGCAGGCUGAAUCUAUUCCCUGGUUACAUGGAGCGCUACAACGUAUCAUUGGCUAAAGAAGCAACUGGCGAAUAUGUCAAGCUUGCCAAGAAGCAUGGGCUAACCCCAGUCCAGCUUGCCCUCGGCUUUGUGCGCGACCGUCCUUUCACGGCUAGCAGCAUCAUCGGAGCAACCACCAUGGAUCAGUUAAAGGAGAACAUCGAUGCAUUUACCAGCGCUCCGCGGCCUCUGCCACCGCAAGUUCUAGAUGACAUCGAGACUCUUUUCAAGAAAUACAAAGAUCCAGCAAUCAUCUAGAUGUUGAUUUUGUUAUGCAAUAUAUAGAUCAAGCAAGCAGACAGAGAUUAUGCCAAAUUCUUUUUGUGUUUAUACCACAUUGAAACCAUAAACCAUAAAUGUGUGUAACACAUAACUGCAAGCAUAUAUUUGUUUUUGUUUUGUAAUAUGUUUGUAUUCUUGAUUAUUACAUAUACAUAUAGAGUCAUGAAGCAAGGAAUGGGGCUAUCUAUCAGUA